UAGAUCGUAGUUCAAAAACAUGCUUAUAUCACAGUCAAACCAAGGCCUAUAUAAUCUUCAACUCUGCGACUGCGUGAUAAUAUUGACACUGUAAAGAUUUAUUAACUGACAGGAAAAAUCUAGAACAAUACCAUGUCGUCAUCUGUGAUUCAACUUCUGAUAAUUGCUUCCACCUUCUCUCUAAAUGUCUGUGAAGCCAAAAAUGUUGUCAUGAUUCCACCUCUAAGCAAGAGCUACUUGAUCUACCACGCCAACAUUGGCCAAGCUUUAGUAGAACUUGGCCACAACGUGUCCAUAUGUGUCCCGGACUACCUGGCCAACAAAAGACUCGUCCCGCAUAAAGAGAUCAAUAUUAUAAAAUACGGCGAAUACCUCGGCGACGUCGAGGCGCUGUUGUACGAAAAAACACAAAUGAUUGAAAAAUUCUGGGCAGGAGAGAUUCAAACUGUCAGCAGCCUCUCUCCUACGAUAGAAUUAUUUAAAGACCUAAUUCACCAGGUUCUUACGGAUGAAGCUUUUAUAACAACCCUUCGUGGAUUAAAGCCAGACUUUUUGGUGAUAGAAAACUUCAUGUUCACAAGAAAUGUUCUUGUUUUGCCUUACAAGCUGGAUGUGCCGUUCGGGCUUAUUGGCACAAUGCACGAUUAUUUUCUGAGCAGGAUACCGUUCAGUCCUGCUGUAGACCCGUUGGUCUUCAAUCAUGAAACUGACCGAAAAAGUUUUUUACAGCGAGUCCAAGCCACCAUUUUGUCUGCUGUUUUUACUGUUUAUGACAUGUUUACGGACAGUCACGUUGUGUCUAGAUACGCCCCUGAGAAGCCUGACAUAUCAAUCAGGGAAAUAGCAUUGAAGGCUGAAAUAUUUAUCACGGAAAUUGAUCAUAUACUUGAUUAUCCUCGAGUGACUUUAACAAAUACGAAACUUGUAGGUGGAUCUUCAGUGAGCGAGGCUAAGCCAUUGUCUGGAGAUAUUAAACAUUUUGUGGACAAGUCUCCCAAUGGAAUUGUCUUAGUGUCAUUUGGAGGCGGGGAUAUUUAUAUACCAGAUUAUAUUAGAACUAAAAUGGCAAAUGCUUUUCUAAAACUAAAUCUAAAUGUUAUCUGGAAGAUAAAUGGGACAUUUGAACAAGACAAAAUUUUAGCUUUGAACUGGAUUCCUCAAAAUGACCUCUUGGGUCAUCCUAAAACUAGAGUUUUUGUUUCUCAUUGUGGGAAAAAUGGCCAGUACGAGGCUCUGUACCAUGGAGUUCCAAUCCUUUGUCUUCCUAUUUAUGGAGAUCAAUUUUAUAAUUCUAAACGAAUAGCUGUGAAAGAAUUUGGACAAUAUACAGACAUAAGGGAAAUAACUUCUGAAAAAUUUACGGAAUUGAUUCAAGAAAUAGCAGACGAUCCUAAAUAUACAAAUAACAUCCAGAAAGCGUCAAAGUUAUUCAAAGAACUUUACAAAGUUCCCAGCAAGGAAGCUGCCUACUGGUUUGAUCACGUGAUGAAAUAUGGCGGAAGUUACAUGAGGUCAUCGGGUCAACAAAUGCCGCUCUACCAAUAUUUGUUACUAGAUGUUAUAGCAUUUCUUUUCGCUGCUUUGAUAGCCACACUUUUUGCACAAUUUAUAAUAAUCAGAUUGUGUUGGAAACUACUGACUAAAAAUAAAGUAAAAAAAGAUUAAUAACGAUUAUUAGGCAUAAUUUAUUGGACAAUGUAGCUCCAUCUAAGAGAAAGACUAUUUUGAAUAAUUUUUAACAAUCGGGCGUACAUCGUCAAGUAUUAUUAUUUAUAACAAGACAAUAUAACAUUGUGAUCAACGUGAUCGUUUAGUAAUGUUGGACAGACAAAUAGAUAUACAGAGACAGACGGACGGACAGACGGACGUAUGACGAGAGACAAAGAGAGUAAGACAGCACAGAGAGAGAGCAGGGGGAAGAAUGAGAGGUGUAGAGUAAGAGAGUGAAUGCGAGAUGGAGAGGGGAUGAUACAGAGAAAGGGAGAGAGAGGUGGGGGCAGAAAAAGCGAGUAAUAGAGACUAAAAAAGAGAUAAAGAGAGACUAAGAUAGAGAAGUGGGGAACAGAAAGAGAGAGAGAGAGAGAGAGAGAGACUUAGAUAAAGGUGACAUAGAGAAAGGUGGGGAACAUAAAGACAGAGAAAACAAAAGAGAGAGGGAAAGAGGGGGAACAGAAAGAGAGACAAAGAGAGAGAGAGAGAGGAGACAGAGAUAGGUGAGGAACAGAAACAGAGACUAAGAAAUAGAGAGAGAGAGAAAGGGGAACAGAGAAGGAAAGAAAUGUACAUUUGAAGUAGAAAUGUUGCUAGUUUAUAAUACGAUAAUGUUCUAUAUAUCUACAAGCAAGUAAAAGCCUAUAUACGUAUAUAGUUUGUUCAUUUUCUUUGAUUUUUAGAAAGAAUAAUAGAUGUGCCCAUGCACAGGGGAAACUACUCUGGUAGUUAACAUGGCUGAUUAAACUUGUUUGUGUUUACCUGA